AUCACUGGCUCUGCAUAGUAAUAUCAGGAGUACCAUUUCUGCGAAGCACUGUCUGCGCCGAAUGGAGACGGCCCUGGGCUGUCAAGCAUAAUUCUACACAACACAACUCAUGUGGAUGAGGGGAUUUCAGUUCAUGGUGAGCACACUUCUUGUCAGAGGAAUGUCGGUAGUUUCCGUAUAUAUGGAGCGCUUCGCUCGCAGUUCUUGGUCGAGGAUCAUGACAGACAGCAACAAGAACAACACGAGCGAUAAAGCAGGCACGACGCGAGAUACACCUCGGAAUAUUCCCCAAGAAGCCCACAACCUUCGGAAUCUCCACUAUCUCUACCCUUUGGAAUCCGCCACUGGCCAAUGUCCAGUACCGCCACAGUAGCAAGAUAUCUCGUGCCUCAAUAUCAGCCCACGCGGACCGAGAUGUCGGUCCUUCCUCCCGAGCUCGAUCAAGCCACAUGGUGUAGCAGGGUCAGCGGGUGUACCGGCCACGACGCUGGGCUCAUUGUUGACAGGCAAAGAUUCCAGAAGGAUAAGCAAGGCCAAGCCUCCGUCUUCAUCAUCAGCAGCUCCUACCUUGUUUCGGCUCGCGGCAGAGCUCUUGGCCCUGAUUGUGGAGCAGCAGAUAGUGUCAGACUUACCAGGGAUGGUCUCUCACAGACUCCUCCGCCGUCUCGGCCCGCCACAACCUCCUACACUCCUCUGCCCUGGCCGCGUCCAGCUCCGGAAGCUUCGCGUCCUAUAUCACCCCAAAAUCACGUUGGGCCGGUUCGUAGAGCCCACGCCGAGGACGACGAUGUAUCUGGCCAGAGAGUGGCAUACAUGUCCACGGAGGCUCCACGGGACUUUACACCCCCACCCAGCCCUCCGCCCACGCCGCCACACCCUCCGCCUCCUCGUCCACAGCCGCGACCCCCAAGACCGCCUCCGACGCCUCCUCCGCAGAAUCUAGACGCUUGCGAGUUGCCGGUUGAGAAGUGCCAAAAGAAGAUUACUCCCGCUAGCGAUGAGGAAGGGGCUCAGGAGAGCCAUGAUCGUCCAAGUCAGACCCGACCGCCGAAGCCGGCACCGAAGCCGGCGCCGAAGCCAGCGCCAAAGCCUCCUCCGCCCUCUCCUUGCCCGCGUCCGGGUCCUCGUCUCUGAGGAGACCUAUUGUUAGCGACGAAGGAAGUGGCUGAUGGCAUUGGGCUCAAGGACACAACGCGCCAAGGGACGGUGACUGGGGGGUUCGUAACGAAAGGGAGAGUUCUAGGUGGUUGUCGG